GAAAGUCAGAAUGCUGCAAAGUGUUGCUGAACUAUGUCCACCAGCAGAGCUAGUGACUGAAAAUCUUCUGAUUCCUUGUGUAGGAUACAGACCUGAGAAUCUCAGAUUUCUGUAUAUUCCUGCUAACAACCCCUCUUUGUCAAUGUGAGGAGUUUUCCCAUCCCCUGCUGGAGCACAGCAGAAUUUGCAGUAGCUGCUUAGUAACACUGUAGAGCAGCUGAAAGGGAACAAAGCAGCUGUGUCUGCUAUGACAGCAAAAUCCACCUUGGUCAUUCAUUUAUCCCUUCUGCAAGCACCUGUCCAGCUGCCUGGAUGAACCCUUCCUCUGUGCAUCCUUCCUCCUGGAAGAUGCUGAAAAUCCUACUUAGGAGUUGUCUUUCAAACCUGCCUCAUAGUGCUGAGGUCCUAAUCCAGCAAGGUUUUCCUGUCUGUAGCCUUCCCUUUUAAUCUGUGCCACUGGAAAUAGUGGUUUAUGGAACCAGGGCAAUUUCAGUGCUGUUCCCAAUGCAUCAUCAAUCGUUUUACUAUCACUCAAAUUAGUAUAGUCACAUUCUUGCCUUGCUAAAAUCAGGUAAUAUAGAGGUGUGAGCUUCUAUUCAUGGUACUGAUACUCACACACUUGCUGAGAGGAGUGAUCCAAGCUACCUGAACAGUUCCAAUCCUGGUAGUAACAAAGACAGGCUUCAGUGCAGACUGGUCAUGAACAUCAGUGUCCAGCAUCCAAGAAGGUUCAUGGUGCUCACAUUUAAAUCAUCCUUGGCUGAAAAAAGCAUAAACAGCUUUUUUUGCUGCAGUCAGACCUCUCAGCUUAGAAGAGACAUGUUUGAAGACUCCUGCAUUUUGGAGUGCAGCUCUGAUUCUUCAGAAUUAAAAGUUAACAGUGGCUGAUAAGAUACAUAAUGAGUGAUCCUGAUUACUUGAUUAACCAGCAGGAAAAAAGAGAGGAGGUCUGAAAGCACCCCUAGGUAUCACCAUGAAGCUUCAACUGAAUGCAAACUGAUCCAACCCUCUGGAGAACACACAGAUUUUCUGUGUGUUGGUGUAGUUCACAUUUAGAAAAUGAGGCAAGAAGCGGUUCACAUGAUUUCAGCUCUAGGAAUGAGUGUCAAAAGGCAAAACUGCUGCCCAGAUCUUAGCCAAUGUGCUCAGUAAUGCCAAACACAGACAUUUAAAGCCCAAGACAGAUAUCCAGAAUGCUGGAAUUAUAUUUAACCAGUCUGUACUUCUUUCUCUUUUACUUCUAGUUUCUGAGCUGCGGGUUCUGGGUUCCGCUCCAAGUAUGUUUUAAAGCCUUUCCUGAAGUUGUGAAAGCUAGAACCUUGAUUUAAUUUAUAUUAAAAGAUGUAUUGCUUAAUCAUCUGCAAACCAUUUAUUUAUAACAACAUUGUUACUGCUGAUGUCCUAAAACAGGUAUUUCUCCUCUAGUAUCAAUCAAGAUGAAGCUUCAGCCAAGGAGUGGUUUAGGACUAGAUCCCAUUUUUUAUGGAAAUAAAUGAGCCUCUGAAGAGCAACCACAUUUACAUAUAUAGGUUCUUUCUUACUGUCAUUGUUGUUUGAGAAUACUGGCUGUCAUUCUCUGGUGCUUUCUGGUCCAAAGAAGGUGCAGUAAGGGAGUAGCAGCCCUCAAGGAAACUUAUCAGAACACUUCUAUAAGAAACUGUAAACAGCAGGAGCUCUAUUAAAAUUAAAGCUGCUUUUCUGCCAUUUCCUGUGGAGACUCUAACACUGUUGGUCACAAAUUCCUGGUCACAUCUUGAUCGUUGUGGCUAUUUCUAGGUCAUUAUUGGAUACAUUAUCCUGAUGUAUUAUUUAGAAGACUUUAUACCAAUAGACAGCUAAAAGGAAAGUUAGCUUUGCAAAAGCCACAUACUGCAAUGUCUUCAGAAGUUCUGAGUUUCAGUUCUGAUGUGCCUUGGCUGAAAACAAAGGGCAUUGUGUCACUGGCAUCAAUGCCAUUUGCAUUAGCCCUUUCGGGUUUGGAUGGUUUUCACUGCAUUAAACAUUUGCCAUGGACACAGUCCUAUAUUUAAGGUGAUAGACUGAAACUUGGUUCCUGAGAUCACUUCAUCCUGCUAGGCUGCAAUUACACAGAAAGGGCCUUACAAUAGCUUGCUUCUCUUGGAAAGCCUUUAUUUCGUUCUGUUGUUAAAUGCUGCUAAAUGUUCUCUGUUAAAUCUUGUGUGUUUAAGAUGGCAUCAUAUGCUCGGGGAGCAGAUGGCAAAGAAUUCAAGUCCUGUCUCCCUCUGAUGCCCCUGGCAAUGAAGCAUCCAAAUACCUUCAUAGAUCUGAGUGUAAGAGCUGUGCCAGAAUGCAAACAAAGGAGUCUUUAAUCUCAGGCUUUACAGCAGCUUGCUGAUUGUGGACAGUCCUCCUUUCAGUGUCUCAGACCCCACAGGUUGUUUGUGCUUAUUGCUCUGGAGUGUUCUAGACUCCCAGAGGGACAAAGGGACAUUACUAAUUUAUAUGAAUCACUCUAAAAAUAACCAAAAAGAUGUGGAAAAUUAUCAGGGAGGAGACAGUGGGAAAGCACAAUGAUCCUAUCUGCUUCCCCCAUAAAUAUAGCACAUCACAGUGAAAAUGUCCUUUUUAGCAAAACAUGGUGACAGAAUUUUAAGUACCCUGAGGGACAUCAAAAUUCCCUACGCUGUGUACUGCUAACAUCUCACAUGGGAGAAGUAAAACUAUUCUUGUACUCUAAGGAAAGAAGUAAUAAAUUACUGCUGUGCUUAUGAUUAUUAUUGAAGUGAAUGCUGUUGCAGGAGUUGGAGAUUGAAUGUCACUGCUGAGGUGGAGUUUAUGUACUAAAUUAAAACAAGGUAGUGGUAGAAAGGAUGAAGCAAAAAUUAAGACCACAGGAGUGGCCCACAUGAAAAAUAUUUUCCCAAAGGGUCUCUUCAUCAAAUAAAAAUAAUCCAAAUCUGAUAAAAUGUUCAUGAAGAAAACCAAAAGGGAGCAUAAAGAAAACCAAAAGGGUGCCUGUGUUUGAUCAUUGGAUUUUUUGGCUUUAUGCAGAAGUUACUGGAUGAGACUGAACAGAUUGACCAUGCAAGAGUUUGUGACAGUCUCUUAUCAUUAAGACAAGGGAAUAUAUACAAGUCUGUCCCUGUUAAAAUAUGCAAAUGUGAGGUGAUGUUUGCAAUCUGAUUUCAGGCCUCUGAAAAUAAAGAAAUCCAGACACAAUGACACAGACAAAAAUAGCUGUUUACAUGAGCUGUUAUUUUUUUAACCUGCAGGCAGAACUCAGAUCAACCUAAAGUUAUUUAUACAUAGCUUAGUACUGGAAAGUCUUGCAUAUGUCCAGACUCUUGUUUGGUUUUGUAAUUUCAACAUUUGCCUACCUCUUAUCUUGUUCUCUUUGAGUAUUUGUUGCACUUGCAAUGUGUAACAGAAACAGUGUCAUGAAUACAAAUGUUCCUUGGCAUGGAACACUCUUGCAAAGCCUAUUUACAGGUAGUAUACCUGAGGUAAAUUCUUACACUGCCAACAGUAGGACAAUCUUGGAGUUUCACAGAGAAGACCCUAAUAAUGUUUUAUCUUUUAUCACUCAAUGUAAUAUGGGAAUUACCAGUCCUUUGAUUUUCCCUUUGAUGUAGUCAAAUCUCAGACAGCUUCUUGGGCUGUCCUUCAGCUAGAAAGAUUCCUUGUCACUAGUAACACUGGCACCUCUGAAUGCUUUAACGAGUGUUGCCUUUUACAAAUAUUCACCAAAAGAGUCUUUUUCAAAUACCUUCUUGCUGUGACUGACAUGUAACAUGCUGGUUUUGCAUUUUCUUGUGUUAUGCUAAACACUGUCAGGGAGACAUUUAGUAUUUUAAUCAAAUCUCCGUCUUUUAUCUUUGUUUGAAAAUAUGAUUAUACUUCUGGUUUUCUUCUGUGUGGAAAGCCUGACUGUUUCUCAGACCCAUGCCUUCAAGAUAACAUACUUUCAAGUGUUUAUUUGGGGAUUUAACUGUUUGCUUGAGAAAUGCUUUAGUGUGUUUUAUUUUCUUAAAUUAGCUGCAGCAGCUCAACUCUAGACACAUCCAUAGUUAUUCCUAAUGAAAGCACCUAUAUCAUCACCUUAUUCACAUCUCCAGGCUUUUCCAUAGGCAAGUAGUGGAGUCAAGAGACUGGCCUGUAAGAGAAUGGAAAUGGAUUGGAAGCAGGUGGCACCAGCUGCCCAUGGCUAGUGCUGGCUCCAGGAUGACACCAAGGUGUGCUCAUGUGCCUUGAGUGAAAAUCUGAGUGGUACCCAGAGCCAGGGAAGUGACAGCUCCAACUCAGGCCACCUCCAGCAGCACUGGAUAACGCCUUCCUCACUGUUCACUUCCCUGAUGUGGAACGAGUGGAGUGGCUGAACAAGGUCCUUGUGCAGGCUUGGCCAUACUUUGGAACAAUCAUGGAAAAAACAUUUAAAGAAGUUCUUGAACCAAAAAUCAGAGCAAAGAGUGUACAUCUGAAAACAUGCACCUUUACCAAGAUCCACUUCGGCGAGAAGUGCCCUAGAAUUAAUGGAAUAAAAGCCUACACCAAAGAAAUUGAUAGAAGACAAGUUACCCUGGACCUGCAGAUCUGUUACAUAGGGGACUGUGAGAUUCACAUGGACAUAUCGAAAUUUAAUCUUGGCGUGAAAGGUGUACAGUUGUAUGGGACGUUGCGCGUGAUCUUGGAACCUCUCCUAACCGAUGCCCCCUUUGUUGGAGCAGUGACCUUGUUUUUCAUGCAGAAACCGCAUUUGGAAAUCAACUGGGCAGGCAUGAGCAACCUUCUGGAUGUCCCAGGGAUUAAUGUAAUGUCAGACUCACUAAUUCAAGACUUCAUUGCUGCACGGCUGGUGCUACCCAACAGGAUCACAGUGCCUCUGAAAAAGAAUAUGAACAUUGCCCACUUGAGGUUCCCUAUCCCCCAGGGAGUAAUAAGGGUUCAUCUCUUAGAAGCUGAAAACCUUGUCCAGAAAGACAAUUUCCUUGGUGCCAUCAGGGGGAAGUCUGAUCCGUACGCUCUCCUCCGCGUGGGCACCGUGCAGUAUCGAAGCAAGACAGUCUCCAGAGAUCUUAAUCCCAUUUGGAAUGAGACAUUUGAGUUUGUUGUUCAUGAAGUGCCUGGUCAGGACCUAGAAGUGGAUUUGUAUGAUGAAGAUCCAGACAAAGAUGACUUUAUGGGCAGCUUGCUGAUAAGCCUAGUGGAUGUAAUGAAUGACAGAACCGUUGAUGAGUGGUUCCCCUUAAGUAAGACGACAAGUGGACACUUGCAUUUAAAACUGGAGUGGCUUUCACUAGUAAACGACCAAGAAAAGCUGCAUGAGGAUAAGAAGGGUCUGUCUACAGCAAUUCUGAUUGUCUACUUGGACAGUGCCUUCAACCUCCCCAAAAACCACUUGGAGUAUUCAAAUGGUGAAUGUGGAACAAAGAAGAUCAAAAAUAACAAGUACCUCAAGAAGAUGGAGCGAGAACCUUCCUCCUUUGUCCUGCUCACAGUUGGGAACAAGACUCAGAAGAGUAAGACCUGCAAUUUCAGCAAAGAUCCCAAGUGGGGCCAGGCUUUCACCUUCUUUGUCCACAGUGCUCAUUCCCAGUCACUCCACAUUGAGAUAAAAGACAAGGAGCGGGAUAGUGCCCUGGGAACUUCCGUGGUGUGUCUCUCCCACUUACUUAAGGACCCAAACAUGACUCUGGAUCAGGGAUUCCAGCUGGACCAUUCCAGUUCAGACAGCUUCAUUAAGAUGAAACUUGUACUGCGGGCACUGAAUGUUGAAGAACCUGAUCCACAAAGAGUCAAGGCUGGUGUCAAUGCCUCAAAGCUAGGUCCUGUGCGUGUCACGGAGAAGGCUGGAAACCAGCAGAAGUUUUCCUCUCCACAAGUCUCAAAAGUACCUCCCAUGAGCAAAGACUCUGCAGCACUUGAAUCUCUGCCAAAAAAGGACAGUGGAGAAGACCUGGUUGCUAAAGACAGUUCAGGAGCCCCUGUACCUUGUGAAAUUGUGUCUGACCUUGAUGAAGCAGAGGGCAAGCAAAAUCCAGAGCAUGGCCCACCAUCAGCACUACCCAGUGGGGCCGUGGCCGUGCCCACACUGCCUGUCCUGCAGGAAAUGAGGGUGGCACCCAGUGUCACUUCACUGGGAUCCCUGCCUUCUUCCUGCUUUGAAUUAAGUAGCAGCAAUCUGGACAUUCAUAAUGGGACUGAGAUGCCUCUGGGGGAGAUCCAGCUGACCGUGCGCUACGCUUCCAUCCGGCAGAGCCUCGUCGUGCUGGUCAACGGCUGCAGAAACUUGGUACCCACUUCCAAUCGUGGAGUCGAUCCAUAUGUUCGUAUAUACCUGCUUCCAGACAGAAGAUGGACAAGCAGGAAGAAGACUUCUGUUAAGAAAAAAACUCUGAACCCCCAAUAUGAUGAAAAGUUUGAAUUUUUUGAAUCUUUGGAAAAUGUCAAGAAAAGGACACUGGACAUUGCAGUGAAAAACAGCAGGCCAUUCAUUUCACAGGAGAGGAAGGAGCUGGGGAAAGUGCGCAUUGACUUGUCCCGGGAGGAUUUAAUAAAAGGUUUUGCCCAAUGGUAUGAGCUGACAAGGAGCAGACGCAAGAAAAUCUGAUUUCUUCUCAUGUAUAUAAGUUACUAAUUUUUCAACUUCAUAUGGAUGUACAUACCUCUUGUAAUUAACAUGUUUUGCACUGUCAUUGCAAAUCUGAAGCAGGCUCCAGCUCAGGACAUGCAAAUUUAAUGAUCCUAUUCAGGGAUUAGUUCUCACUGAAGUUAAACAUAUUUUCCCCCACACAGGGAAUAAUUUGUCCUUAAAGAGUAAGUCCUUUAUUUUUGCUAUUUCUAGCAAACCCCCCCUCAAAGGACGUCUCAGUGUGAAACCUCUCUUAAAGAAGGGUUGUACCUGGGGAGAUUUUAGACUGUCAGCCAAGUGUCAUUACUCUGCUUGGCAGCCUGAUGGCUCUAGGAACUUGUUUAUGUUGUUUUAACAUGGCAGUGGUGUACUUUGAAAAGAAUACAUUUUGAAACAGUAUUCUUCAGCCAUAUGGCUACAGAAUCUUUUAAAAGAGAAACUCUUUAACAGCUUUUUUUUUUUUGAGAAACUGGAAGUUGGUAGUCCACUGUUCAGAAGUACCUUAGCUGACUGUGGCUGCAGGUAUGUAAAUAAUGAGCUUCCAAAAGCAGGGAGAUGACCUUACCAAGAUGUCAUUAAGGUUUUAGUUUGUGACGCCUUAACUGGUUUUGUCCUUUGUUACAGUACAUUUCAAAAUCUUGUAAACCCAGAUUCUAUCUGAGGAACAGCAAACUUUUGUAAACUAAGCUUUAAUAAUAUUGAGGCAAAAUAUUUUUGGAAGCUUGGUGUACUUGUUUCUGUACAAUAAACUUGUAAUUGUCUUGCACAA